AUAGAGAUCAUUGGGCUUCUUUUGUGGAUUAUCGACUAAAUUCAAAAACAAAGGUAUAUUGAAACUAUUUUUCAUCAACAUCGUUCAAGUUAAUGAUUAUUAAUUUUUAUACGUUGAUGAUUAGGAGCAUGCUCUGAAAAAUAAAGAUAAUAGGGCAAAGCAAACCAUUGCUCACACAUGUGGAUCUAAGAGCAUUGCAAGGAAAAGAGAUGAAAUGGAAAAAGAGUGUGGCCACAAGGUUAGUAGAGGAGAGGUAUGGAUAGCAACACAUAAACAUGCUAAUGGAGCCUUUGUGAGUGAUGAAGCGAGGGAAAUCAGUGAAAAAAAUUCAAGUAUAUGAAUCAACAUCAUCAUCAUCUGUAUCAAAAGAAAUAUCAAGUACUGAUUCCUUAGCUUUUGCUUUCGGAAGCCAAGAGCAUUGUGGACAUGUUAGGGGUUUGGGUUUGGGUCCUUGCCCAUCUAAAGUGUUUGGCUCCAAGGGUCAUUCAUAUAGUGGAGCAUCUUCAAGUUAUCCUUCUAAUGCUCAGUUACAAAAUCAGGUAUCUGAUCAAGGAAGUGUUCCUAACGAAGAAACAAAUGAUCAACAUCCAACACCGCAUUAGAUGAUAUUUUUCGUUUACUUUUGAAAUUUGUCAACAA